AUGACGUAGAUCGUGUCCACACCCCCCACCCCUUGGUUUCAUCAGCAGCAACCUUCCAUUGUGUCCAACAUGACGUCCAACAGCAGCAGGUACCGGAGCCGCGCGCCCCGUGCAGAAGAAGCGGAGGACAAAGAGUAUGUGGGCUUCGCGACUCUGCCGAACCAGCUGCACAGGAAGUCAGUGAAAAAAGGGUUUGAUUUCACCCUCAUGGUGGCAGGUGAGUUUGGCCUGGGGAAAUCCACGCUGGUCAACAGCCUGUUCCUCACCGAUCUGUACAAAGAGAGGAAGCUGCUCAACGCUGAGGAGCGCAUCCAGCAGACGGUGGACAUCACAAAGCACACAGUGGACAUCGAGGAGAAGGGCGUGAAGCUCAAACUGACCAUAGUGGAUGUGCCGGGUUUUGGAGAUGCUGUUAAUAACACAGAGUGCUGGAUCCCAGUAACAGACUACAUCAACCAGCAGUUCGAGCAAUACUUCAGGGAUGAAAGUGGGCUGAACAGGAAGAACAUCCAGGACAACCGGGUCCACUGUUGCCUCUACUUUAUAUCUCCAUUCGGACAAGGGCUUCGUCCCAUUGAUGUAGAGUUCAUGAAGGCCCUCCAGGAUAAAGUCAACCUGGUUCCUCUCAUUGCUAAAGCUGACUGCUUGACUCGCUCUGAGAUAAAGAAGCUCAAAGAACAGGUGAGGGAAGAGAUUGAUAAGUUUGGGAUAAAGGUCUACCAGUUCCCUGAGUGUGACUCUGAUGAAGACGAGGAAGUUAAACAGCAAGAUAAAGGGCUGAAGGAAAGCUUUCCGUUUGCAGUGAUUGGUGGGAAUACGGUGCUCGAGGUUCGAGGGCAGAGAGUAAGGGGGCGCCUCUACCCGUGGGGGAUCGUGGAGGUGGAGAACCCAUCCCACUGUGACUUUGUAAAGCUCCGGAACAUGCUGAUAAGAACGCACAUGCACGACUUGAAGGACUCGACUAAUGACUGUCACUAUGAAAACUACAGGGCCCAGUGUAUCCAGAACAUGACCAGUAAGAUGAACGCAGAUAAGCGGGUGGAGAGCCCCAUCCCGAUUCUGCCCCUACCUGCCCCGACCGUGGAGACAGAGAAGCUCAUCAAGAAGAAAGAUGAAGAGCUGAAGAGGAUGCAGCAGAUGCUUCAGAAGAUGCAGCAACAGAUGCACGGGCAGGACCUGUGACCUCUGACCGUCCAUUUUACAGCAGUGAUAAUCUCACACACACAGUUUAAUCCUUUCUGCUGCCCUCCUUUCAGGGAUGGGGUGAGAACAGAAGUGUUUUUGAAUUGGCAUGCUUUCUCUUUAUUGCAGUCUUUAGCCAAGUGAGUAUAGAUAUAAACCAUAAACAUUAGGUUAAAGUGACCAGAAUGAUGCAGUAUUUGCUAAUGUUGUGGUAAAGACCACACCAACCGGUGCCAAGACCGUAUUUACAUAAAAGAAAAAUAAUAUUUUGACAGAUUUCUUUUGUAAAUGAGAUCUUGGACCUCAAUGAGACAAGCUGUAUAAUCUGGAGUUGUAGGGUUUUUUUGGCUUUAAAAUACAAGCAAAACAAUCUUUAUUUUUGCUUUUCUCAAAGCAACACAUUUCACAUCAUAGAAAACUUGUUGUGUUUAUGGUCUUGAAAAAGUUCGUGCUAACAUAACUGAACUGAUAAAUCACAAUAAACCUUUCAUUUCACAGAGAAA